GUUUGUCGUGUGCAAGAUGUGGCCAAGAUAAAGGGUUUGGAAGAGAUAGCAUUCCCCGAUUGCCCCAGUCGGUACGAGGUCUGGAAAAGGCAGCUGGGCUGGUUGUUACGCCUCGGCUAGGGCCUGCAGGGCCGGACAGUAGAGCCCGGCACACAGCCAGGAGCAUGGGAGGACGGCCGUGAGCGCGGACACUAGGACGUGGUGUGCUGGCGGUGGUCAUGAGCCAAGAACCCAUGCUGAACAUCGAAGGCAAUGGCAUGCCAGGCUCCAAGAAGCUGUACAGGAUUGGGCAGUAUGAGCUGGAGCAGACCAUCGGCAAAGGCAACUUUGCCGUGGUCAAACUGGCCACACAUAUCAUCACACAGGCCAAGGUGGCCAUCAAGAUCAUCAACAAAACCAAGCUGGACACGGACAAUCUGAAAAAGAUCCGGCGCGAGGUGCACAUCAUGAAGAUUCUGCGCCACCCGCACAUCAUCCGGCUGUACCAGGUGAUGGAGACGGAAAAGAUGAUAUACCUGGUGAUGGAGUAUGCCAGCAAAGGGGAGAUAUUCGAUCACAUGGUGGCGCACGGCCGCAUGAAGGAGGAGGACGCGCGGCCCUGGUUCCGCCAGAUCCUGGCCGCCGUGCAGUACUGCCACCGCAAGAGCGUCGUGCAUCGCGACCUCAAGGCUGAGAACCUGCUGCUGGACGUCGAGGAGAACAUCAAGCUAGCCGACUUCGGCUUCAGCAACUUCUACUCGCCGACGGACCCGCUGACCACCGGCUGUGGCAGCCCGCCGUACGCCGCGCCCGAACUCUUCGAGGGCAAGGAAUACGACGGGCCCAAGGCCGACGUCUGGAGCCUGGGCGUAGUGCUGUACGUGCUGGUGUGUGGUGCCCUGCCCUUCGAUGGCAACACGCUGCAAAAUCUGCGCGCGAAAAUCCUGUCGGGAAAAUUUCGCAUUCCUUACUUCAUGAGCACAGACUGUGAGAGCCUCAUCCGGCACAUGAUGAUGGUGGACCCGGAGAAGCGCUACAGCAUCCCGCAGGUGCUGCGCUGCCGCUGGGUGACGCAGGACCUGGCAGCUGACGAAGCGGAGCGCGUGGUCGCCUUCUGCGAGCGGCCCGACCUCGACCAGCCGCCGCCCGUGCAGCAGAGCGUGCUGGAGCUGAUCGCCCAGCUGCCCGGGGUCACGCCACAGCAGGUGGCCCAGUCGGUGCAGUCAAACCUGUACGACGACCUGGCGGCCUGCUACCACCUGCUGUGCGACCAGGCGGCGGCGUCGGUGCCGCUGCCGCCGGCCGCGCCCGCGCCCGCGCUGCCGCUCGUCUUCACCUCAAUCUGGAACGACGAGGCUGACAAGUUCGAGGACGCCGAGCGGCACCUGGAGCUGGACCUGGAGGAGACGGCCAGCAGUCGGGACCAGUAUCACUGCUCCCGCCGGCACACGGUCGGCCCCGGCGAUACGGCGCACACCCAGGUCCAGGUACCGUUCGGCGUUCCGCACGGCUGGGGCUACGGCCCGGUCACGGCCGGCCUGUUCCCGGUGCUGCCGCAGACGAACCUGGCGCAGAACCUGCCGCUGGUGCAGCACCAGCCUCCGCAGCGCUUCUCCAUCAAGGACCAGCACUUGCUGAAGCCGCCCACCGUACUUGGUGCCUUCGGCGGUUUCGGGCGGCGCGCGUCGGACGGCGGCGCCAACCUGCAGCUGGCGUACCGGCAGCAGGGCGGCGGCGGCGUCGGCACCCAGCCCAGCAGUCAGGAGCAUCUGUGCCUGCUGCCGGCGGACGCGGCCGGCGCCGGCCGCCCCGACGCCGACAUGGACCCCACCGAGGCGGCCAGGUACACGGAGGAGCAGCGGCUGGACGAGAGUCCGCUCACCGGCGCCAGCUCGGCCUUCCUGCGCGACACCCAGAUGCGCAUCCAGCCAAUCAGCGAGAACCGCAACCGCAUGAGGCGCACCGGUCUCAUCAACGUCCACCUGGCGCCCGUGCUGGAGAACUCGACCAUGGCCGAGCCGGCCGCCGACGCCGACGGCGGCCACCAUCCCAACUCGCUGCGGAUCCCGGCCGACCGCUACACGCGCCGCGUCAGCGAGUCCAACGUGCUCGGCCAGGACGCCCACCACAGCCGCUCGGUGGACAGCACCACGCUGCACGAGCUGCAGAUGCAGCACAGUCUCCACAUCAAGAAGCGGCAGCUGGAGGGUGGUCAGCUGGGUGGACCGGGCUCGUCGCUGCCCCACGCCGGCAGUCAGAGCGACCAGCUGCUGCUGCGCAACAUGGAGACGCUGCGCCUGCAGGGCGACGUGUCCCUGCAGACGUUUGGCCGCGGCCAGGAGGACUCGGAGACGCACCUGCUGGGCAUGCCGCUGGUGUCGCCGUCGGCCGCGCAGCAGCGCAUGUCCAUCACGAGCGGCACGCACACGCCCGAGCCCAGCGUCGCGCCGGCCAUCAGCGCGCACACAGCUUAG